GUAGGGAAGCACAAACGUUGCCUUAGCAACGAUAUCGAAUUAACGGUUAGCGGCGGCUUACAUCAUUAAACUUCAAUAUUUUGCUAAACGGAUUGAUGAUGGAGGCAACAACCAACCCGUCUGUGUUUCUUUUAUCUGUAAACGGACAGAUUGAGGGAGCGAACUUUCCAGACUAUGACCAAUUGUACUGCAAAUAUUGUUACGUGUACGGCCAUGACUGGGCUCCCACCACAGGUUUGGAGGAAGGCAUCACACAAAUAAGCUCCAAAAGCAGCCAGUCUCACAGGUUAAUAUGGAACUUUCCUUUGGAAACAACAUUCAAGAGUACAAAUCCCUCUGGAUGGCCUCAGCUUGUGGUGAGCGUCUACGGACCCGAUGUUUUUGGUAACGAUGUGGUCAGGGGUUACGGAGCCACUCACAUCCCCUUCACACCUGGACAAUAUACAAGAACCAUCCCAAUGUUUGUUCCUGAGCCCACGUGGAGACUGCAGAAGUUCACAGGCUGGUUGCUAGGACGACGGCCCGAAUACACCGACCCUAAAGUGGUGGCACAGGGGGAAGGCCGAGAAUUAACGAGGGUUCGAUCUCAAGGCUUCGUCACUGUCUCCUUUCACAUAAUGACCAAAGACAUGAAGAAGAUGGGCUACGACACAGGACCGCCGAACCUGGCAAACGUCCAGUCCGCCACCUCUGGUUGGUCAACAGAGUGAUGACUAUGGAACGGAGGCCUUGGUAAAGGCCUCAGACUGCUUUCGUUGCAUUCUUCACCCCUUUCUACGCAGCAGGAGGCUGCAGCUGCAUAGCAACGCCUGUUACCAUGGUGGGCCUUAAAAUACAAGAAGAAAGGUUAUAAAUGUCAAGGCAAAAUACAGGAAGUUCAGGUUUUCAGACUUUCUACAUGUCAGAGUUGCCAACUUUGUCUGCAUGUGUGAGCAGCGACAUUCACUCUCAGUCCAGACACCUCAGUGCAGCAGCUAGAAAUGACUGCUCUCGUUUCAAAUUCAUUCUGCAUUGAAUAGUUGCCCCUUUUUUUAUUGCAUUUAUC